CUUCAUUGAUGUACGCUAAUGAGGCUGCAGUGUGCAUGAGCACUUAUAGGUGGCAUGAUGAGAAGGCACUGGUAGGUGGCACUGAUGGGCAUUGGCAAGCAUCACUGAUGGGCACUGAAAGGCAGCACUCAUAUAUGGCGCUGAUAGGCAGCACUGACGGGCACUGAUAGGUGGCACUGAUGCGCACUGAUAGGCAGCAUUGAUGCGCACUGAUAGGCAGCACUGAUUGGCAGCAUU